AUGGCGCUUCCUGCACAUCCAGCGGGGACCAAUGGUCAGGUCCCCGUCAUUGCACACACCUCGCCAGCUGCACAACACUCGCCCACCUUCACCGUCAAUUCGAGUUCCGACAGUGAGGAUCCAAAUUUUCCGGACGCCGUCCGCGAAGAUGAGGCCAAUGAAGUGGUCGGGGUUAGCAUGAGUCGCGCCCAGAGCCGUAUGAAGGCGCGCCUCACGCCUGCGGAAGAGAAAAGCCGAAUGAUGGAACGGCAGAGCAGCUACUUCGACACAAUCCCGGAUAUGCCGGAACCGGAGGGUCUUUUUGCAUCUGAAAUUACCGACGAACCAGAGGCUUUGCCUGAGGAACCGGCUGCUAAGCCGGGUGAUGCUCAAGCCUCCUCAGCGGACUUGGCGGCGCCACAGCGUGACAGCGCCCGGGGUUCCAAAGACGGGCAGCGAACCAGCUUCACCCGUUCGAUCUUGAAAUCCGGGUUACCCCUUCGACCUAGGGCAUGGUCCGGCGACUCCUUGACCAAUAUACGCCUGAAGAAGUUCCUGCCAGAUCUGUUGACUAAACGGUCAUCGCUCUCCUUCCGACCCGGCUCGCCAUUCCAUGUCCGGGCUCGCAGUCAAACCCUGAAACCGGCGUCAAAGCUGGCACUAGAACAAGAAAAGGAGGAAUCCACGCUGCAGUCCCGGCGCAAGUCGUUCUCCGACCCGGAGUCCAGAGAUAGCCCCGAGGAGCAAGUAUCUGAACUCGAUCCUCUCGGGGGCGCCACGACCGCUAGACACUCGUAUGCGCGGAGACCCAGUACAACAGGCCCUCCUUCCCUCCUACGGAGAUCGUCUUCAGACCAAUCUCUAUACUUGAGAGCCUCAUCAACCGCAUCUUCUCUCGAGCAGCGUCCCCGUUACGAGCACAUCCAUUCGCAGGUCAACAGCCGAUUCAAGGCGAUUAAAGACAGCCUCCAGGACUCCAGCAGCCGGCUGCUUAGUAUGCCCACACUGCACUUGCAAGACCUCCGAAGUGAUUGGGGCUAUAAGCCAUUUCUGUCCGAUGUAACUAAUCGCAGGGGUCACACCUACGCCACGCCAGAGCGGCCACACUCUGCUCGGGAGAUGCCGGGUGAUGAUUCGUUACCACCUCGGGCCCGUUCUCCGCGGACUAGUAUCAGUGCACAGUACCCCAAUCUGACUGAGGCCAUGGCGGAAAUGACCGGUGAUGUUGUUAUUCUCGGAGGCUAUCGAGGCUCAGUCUUGCGGUCCGCCAAACCGCCGCAGCGUCAACUGUGGGUUCCGAUGAAAGUCGGUCUGAAUCUUCGCAAGGUGGAUCUGGAGGUUGGCCUAAAUCCGGAAGACGAGGAGCGCAUGGAAGAGACCAUCAUCCCGUCCGGCGUGUUGUCUCAUGUUGGCCCAGUCGACAUUUGCCGCCGCUUGAUGAAGCGCCUUCAAAAGUGCCCAAACGCCGUUAACGGGGAUCUCCGAGUCCACGAUUAUGGUUACGACUGGCGAUUGAGUCCGCAUUUACUUGCUAAGCGACUAGUCAAGUUUCUAGAAGGCUUGCCCUGUAACUCCCCAGACACCCCUCGCGAAAAGCGCGGAGCCUAUGUCAUCGCCCACAGUUUGGGCGGCCUCAUCACACGACAUGCCGUUAAUCAGCGGCCGGAUCUCUUUGCAGGAGUCCUCUAUGCAGGCGUCCCGCAGCACUGUGUCAACAUCUUAGGCCCUCUCCGUAAUGGGGAUGAUGUGCUGCUUAGUUCCCGCGUCCUUACUGCUCAGGUGAACUUCACCUUCCGUACCAGCUUUGCCCUGCUUCCAGAGGACGGACACUGUUUUAUCAACAAGCGGACGAAGGAAGAGUACCGUGUGGAUUUCUUUUCUGCCCAGGCGUGGGACGACUACCGGCUCUCUCCUUGUAUCAAUCCGGCCCUUCCACUUGGAAACAACAGAGGCUUCAAGGACAACCUGCCUCUUCUCGGAAAGCGCAUCUCCACCGUCCUAGGCAGUAAGGAUAGUCUAUCCUCGUCGGAUGAUGCCAAUGGCGACCAGGCAUCACAUAAUCACACCCAGCACCCUUACGAAACAGCAAAUCCUUCCAGUGAGACCACCGGCAAAUCUGCGCCGGUCGCUCCCCCGAACCUGGAGAGCGCGGUAGGACCAACCCCCAACUUCAAGGGUUCAGCCAACACUAAGGCUACCACAACUACGACCAUACCCCGUGCGACAGCCGUGACUUAUCUGGAGCGUACUCUAGCAGAGGUCCUUCGGUUCAAACAAGAGCUUGCAUUCAACUCCUCAUAUCAGUCUCAAAACCAAUACCCACCCUUUGCCGUGCUAUACGGCAAGUCCGUACCCACCGUCUACGGAGCUCGCGUCGAAUCGCGCGAGCGUAUCCCAUACCAAGACGCCUACGACGAUCUGGCUUUCGCAGCCGGUGACGGCGUCUGUCUUGCCUCCGCGGCCAUGCUGCCGCCGGGAUACCGGAUCAUCAAGGGUGGUCUGGUAAAGAGCGAUCGUGGACACGUCGGGCUUCUCGGCGACCUGGAAGGCGUGGGUCAAUGUCUUCUGGCGUUAGUCAGAGGCCGACAAGAGGGUGUUGGACUGGGCGGUUCUUCCCAGCAACAGUCGUCUUCGUCAUCAUGA